AUGUAUUGGGCUUUCGGAAGAAAGAGUUUGGAAACUGAACACAGAACAGCCAAAUCAUCAGACGGACGCCGAAGUGAAGUUUGCGAGUCGCCGAUCCAUCCCUCCCUCAUUCCCUCCAGUUCAGCUAGCCUUUUUAUGCUUCAAAGUAGGCUGUCUCUCUGCUUCUUCCGCAAUUCCGGCAACCCUGCAAAAGGCUACGCUCUACAGCAUCCUCUCCAGCUGAGGAAGAGCAUCGGGAAGGCGGGAUUAGGAGCCGCCAGGUUGGCGACUAGCCGGAGGGCAGAGACAAAGUUUCUUCGCCCCGUUUGGCGAGACGCGGCUGAGCGGCGGAAUCCCCGAAUUGUCUCCUGGAUUGCAAGCGCUUAG